GACACAGCAGGGCAGGAGAGAUACAGAACAAUUACCACGGCUUACUACCGCGGUGCAAUGGGCUUCAUUUUAAUGUAUGACAUCACAAAUGAAGAAUCUUUCAAUGCUGUGCAGGAUUGGUCAACUCAAAUCAAAACAUACUCUUGGGAUAAUGCCCAGGUUAUUUUGGUCGGUAACAAAUGUGACAUGGAGGAUGAACGGGUAAUCUUCACUGAGAGAGGCAAACAUUUAGCAGAGCAACUUGGAUUUGAAUUUUUUGAAACAAGUGCCAAGGACAACAUUAAUGUCAAGCAGACGUUUGAGCGACUCGUGGAUAUCAUCUGUGACAAAAUGUCAGAAAGUCUGGAGACGGAUCCCACCAUCGCUGCCAGCAAGCAGAACACACGGCUAAAGGACACCCCUCCUCCACAGCAGCCCAACUGCGGCUGUUAA